AUGUACAUUACUAAAAUGACCGAGGAGAGCGGUCCUGGCAUGAAAGUUAUAUUGAUGGACAAGGAAACUACAAGCAUUGUAAGCAUGGUUUACAGUCAAUCAGAAAUACUCCAAAAAGAAGUGUACUUGUUUGAAAGGAUAGAUAACCCAAGCAAAUAUGACAACUUGAAGCAUAUGAAGUGCAUUGUAUUUUUACGACCUACUUCAGAGAACAUUGCCCUAUUGUCCAGGGAGCUGAAAUGUCCUAAAUAUGGAGUAUAUUUUAUUUAUUUCAGUAAUGUUAUCUCAAAAGCCGAUAUUAAGACCCUUGCUGAAUGUGAUGAGCAGGAGGCUGUUAGAGAGGUGCAAGAAGUUUUUGCCGAUUACCUUGCAGUUGAUAGACAUCUGUUCUCUUUCAAUAUUGUUGGCUGUUUACAUGGUCGUUCGUGGAGCCAGCAGCACCUGCAGCGCGUGUCCCAAGGGCUCCUGGCGCUGCUGCUGUCGCUUAAGAAACGCGCCGUGGUCCGCUACGAGGCGUCGUCGGAGCCCUGCGGCCGGCUAGCCGAGCGGCUGCGCGACCUGCUACGCAGGGAGACCGUGCUCAUCGACAACACCAUACCGUUCAACGGGGACUCCCCUCAGCUACAGCUGCUCAUAAUAGACAGGAGGGACGAUCCUGUGACGCCUCUGCUCAAUCAGUGGACGUACCAGGCGAUGGUGCACGAGCUGCUGGGCAUCAACAACAACCGCGUGAGCCUGGCCCAUCUGCCCGACGUGCCCAAGGACUUCCGCGAGGUGGUGCUGGCGCCGGAGCAGGACGAGUUCUACGCGAAGAACCUGUAUUCCAACUUCGGCGAGAUCGGCCAGACCAUCAAGUCGCUGAUGGAGGAGUUCCAGAAGAAGGCGAAGAGCCACCAGAAGGUGGAGAGCAUCGCAGACAUGAAGAACUUCGUCGAGACCUAUCCGCUGUUCAAGAAAAUGUCGGGGACGGUGACGAAGCACGUGACGGUGGUCGGCGAGCUGUCGUCGAUGGUGGGCCGCCACAGCCUGCUCGAGGUGUCCGAGCUGGAGCAGGAGAUGGCCUGCCAGAGCGACCACGCCAAGCAUUUGCAGCGCGUGAAGGCGCUGGUGGGCAAGGAGGCGGUGCGCGAGUGGGACGCCGCGCGGCUGGUGGCGCUGUACGCGCUGCGCUACGAGAAGCAGGCGGGCGCCGCGGAAGCGCUGUCCUCGCUGGUGGGGGCGCUGCGGGCGCGGGGCGCCCCCGACGAGUGCGCGCGCGCGCCCCUGCUCGCGCUCGAGUGGGGCGGGGCGCACGCGCGCCGCGCCGACCUCUUCGGGCUGCAGGACGCCGUCAAGAUCACCAAGCGCCUCUUCAAGGGCCUGAACGGUGUGGAGAACAUAUACACCCAGCACACGCCGCUCCUGAAGGACACCAUUGAGGACCUGAUCAAGGGCAAGCUGCGGGAGAAUCUGUACCCUGCGAUGGGCGGCGACGAGAUAUCGUACGGGCGGCGGCCUCAAGACGUGAUAGUGUUCAUAGUAGGCGGUGUCACUUACGAGGAGGCGCUGUGCGUGCACCAAAUAAACCAGGCGAACCCCGGGGUCAGGGUGGUGCUUGGCGGCACCGCGAUCCACAACUCUGCCUCCUUCAUGGAGGAGAUCAAGUCCGCGAUGCAGGGCGUGCACAGGACCCAUACGAGGCACAUCAGAAACGUC